AUGGAUACAGCACAGCAAAUACAGACAGCUUCCAUUGAUUAUAUUGAUAGUGAAAAUGAUGAUAAUGAAGAAGUUUUGGUAGAUUAUUCCAAGGAAAAUGAUUUUAUGAGGGACUCAAAGAAUCCUGAAAUAUAUAUUGUAAAAGUUAUGAAAUCCGACUAUAAACACACAAAACAUCACAAAACAGGAAAUAGAGUGUACAAUUCAUUGCAUUGCUGUUUUUUCUGCAAAAAGUUUAUUCUUCACAUCAGACCUCAUUUGCGUGCAAAACAUAGCCACAUCAAGAAAGUUUCUGAUGCAUUUGAAGAUAAGAGUGGGAAAGAGUUGAAUAAACUUAGAGCUAUGGGAGAUGACAUGCAUAAUAGGAAUGUGAUAACAGAAAAGAAGGGACAACUUUUACUCUUGAGAAGACCUUUAGAACAGUUCACAGCAACUGACUAUGGACCUUGCCCCAAUUGCCUAGAAUGGAUUUCCAAAAGUAACAUAAAGCGACACCAAUCAAGAUGUAUUAGUUUAGAAAAUUCAUUUGGCGUACAAACAAAAAGAAAUUUGUUGCUGCAGUCAGAUGUUGCAAGUGGCCGAUUUAUUUCCUCUGCUUCCAAAUUCCUCAAAGAUGAAGUUUUUUCAUCAAUGACCGUUGAUGAUAUUACGGAAGUGGCCAAAUCAGAUGUUUUAAUCAUUGCCUUGAGAGAGUAUUGGUUAAGGCAAAAUAUUGAUAAUCCUUUAAAGAGAGCAAAUUACUCAUCCCAAAGAAUGCGACUUGCUGCAAGAUUACUUAUAGAGCUUCAGAAGCAAACAUCAGAAGAGUGUUCGAUGACUAUGUGGGAUUUUCUGCAACCUUCAUAUUUCGACAGCAUUGUUAAUGCUGCUCUAGAAACAGCAAUACCUACUUUUGAUGAUGAAGAAGAAUUAAAAUCUCCUUCAAACUGUUUGAAAUUAAAAUAUGAUAUUUUGAGACUAGUUAACUUCAAAUGGAGCUUUUUAAUAAAGGCGAAUUCUUCAAAUGAGGAGAAGAAAAAGUGUAAAAACUUCUUACAGCUAAUGUCGCUGGAAUUCAAGAAUAAAGUAACAAAAUUGGCCUACACCGUCCUAAUUAAAAGGACAUUCACAAAAACGAAAGAAAUACCCACUCCAUCAGAUAUCGAACUGUUGAACAGACAUAUUCAUAGCCAAUUAACAACAUGUUUAUUAAACCCAGUGAAAGAAAACUAUAGAAAAGUGCGGUGCAAGCCUGUUCCAGUAAUUAUACCAAAUGAUUGUAAAAAACCAUUAGCAUACAUUGCUGAUAAUGAUGUAAGACAAAAAGUGGGAGUUUUUAAUGAUAACAAAUAUCUUUUCCCUAACUCUGUUAACGGCGCAACAAGAAGCUACGAAUCGCUUAAAACAGUCUGUUCUGAGCUCAAUUUAGAACAUCCUGAAAAUAUAACCAGUGUUUCAAUGAGGAAAUACACUGCUACACUCUCUCAGGUUAUUGAUUUGAACAGUAAUCAAUUAGAGUGGCUCUGCAAACACUUGGGACACACAAAACGUGUCCACAAGGAGCACUACCAACAAAUGUCUGGGUUUAUUGAGAGAGUAAAAGUGAGCAAACUCUUGCUUGUGCAAGACAUGAAUCUAACAUCAAAGUUUGCUGGCAAAAAAUUAGAUGAAAUUACAUUUGAAGAUGUUUUAUCAUCUUCAAAAGAAACUGACAAAACAGAUGAAAGGCCUUCCAUCACCAAUACACCAAGCACUAGUAAACUACCAGAUGGCUAUGACUCUGACUCUGAAGAACCAAAAGAUAAAAAAAGAAAGCCAAACUUAAAAAGGGUUCGCUGGACUUCAGAACAAGUUAAAGAACUUUAUAAGUUCUUCAAAGAACACCUUGACAAGAAAACGACACCGCGCAAGGGUGAAGUUCUGAAGAUUUCUCCCACUCUGCACUUUCUCAGCCAGAGAAACACUAGUAAACCAUUAGAUAGUCACCAGAAGAAUGGGUGUAGUCAUUAUAUAAUUCUGAAAUGA